AUGGCAAACGAGCGCGAGAGCAAGACUUUCCUCGCCCGUCUGUGCGAGCAGGCUGAGCGCUACGAUGAGAUGGUCACCUACAUGAAGGAGGUCGCCAAGCUCGGUGGCGAGCUCACUGUCGACGAGCGCAACCUGCUCAGCGUUGCCUACAAGAACGUCGUCGGAACGCGCCGUGCCUCCUGGCGAAUCAUCUCCUCCAUCGAGCAGAAGGAGGAGUCCAAGGGUUCCGAUAAGCACGUCUCUACCAUCAAGGACUACCGCAACAAGAUCGAGACCGAGCUCGAGAAGGUCUGCCAGGAUGUCCUCGACGUCCUCGACGAGGCCCUCAUCCCGAAUGCCGCCUCCGGCGAGUCCAAGGUCUUCUACCACAAGAUGAAGGGUGACUACCACCGCUACCUCGCCGAGUUCGCCUCGGGAGAGAAGCGUAAGGUUGCUGCUACCGCUGCCCAUGAGGCCUACAAGAGCGCCACCGAUGUCGCUCAGACUGAGCUCACCCCGACUCACCCCAUCCGUCUCGGACUGGCCCUUAACUUCUCCGUCUUCUAUUACGAGAUCCUGAAUUCUCCCGACCGUGCUUGCCACCUCGCCAAGCAGGCGUUUGAUGAUGCCAUUGCCGAGCUCGACUCACUGUCUGAGGAGUCCUACCGUGACAGCACGCUUAUCAUGCAGUUGCUGCGUGACAACCUCACCCUCUGGACCUCGUCCGACAGCGGUGAGGCCGAGGCCGCCGGCGCGGCUGACGCCCCGAAGGAGGACAAGCCUGCAGAGGAGAAGACCGAGGCCGCGGCUCCCGAGCCCACGCCCGAGUCUUAG